AUGGCUGCAAGCUUCUUCGGGUCGGCCCUGCGACAAGGAUCUCAUCAAGGCCAAGAGGGCCAGAUUUCGAGUCCUGAUGGGUGGACGGAGCGCUCGGGCAGACCGUCUCCGGAACAUGUACCAGCUGCAGUACUUGAAAUGGAGUUUGGAGUCCGCAUCGACCUCUCAACGCUCGCUCAUCUGUGUAGAGAUGGUCAUCGAGCCUUCCGUUCCCUGGUAUCCGGUGGAGAACUUGCCGUUCGUUCCCAAGACAAACGACUGGCUCGCGGAAGUUCCUGCGCUGAUGGAUUGACAGCCGUGGCGUGCAAACAAGCAUCAAGUACAGGCAGCGGUGACGAUGAUUCAAGUGCUCCCGCGCCUUCACCAGCAGCUCGCUCAUCUCCUCCUGAUAAAGAAGUGAAGGAGAGCAGCGGUGACACGUCUCUGGGUGUGCUUGCUGAAGCUGCUCGGCGACUCUCGUCCGAUUGA